AUGAAAACUUUAGCUCUUACUCUGGUUGUGGUGAUGAUGCUGUCAGUGAUGCAAGUGACUUCUGCCCGCAGGGCUUAUUGCCUGUUGCCUCCAAAUGCUGGUCGUGGACAACUAGCUAAAACGAGAUUCUAUUGGGACACUGCAGCAGCACAGUGUCGGCAGUUCACCUACAGAGGCUGGGGUGGAAACGCCAACAGAUUUGUCACGCGCGAAAAUUGUAGGACUCACACCAAGAUGAAAACUUUAGCUCUUACUCUGGUUGUGGUGAUGAUGCUGUCAGUGAUGCAAGUGACUUCUGCCCGCAGGGCUUAUUGCCUGUUGCCUCCAGAUGCUGGUCGUGGAGACCUGGCUAAAAAGAGAUUCUAUUGGGACACUGCAGCAGCACAGUGUCGGCAGUUCACCUACAGAGGCUUGGGUGGAAACGCCAAUAGAUUCGCCACGCUCGAAAAUUGUAGGACUGUAUGUCUUGAAUGA